GAAAACUGACACGUGAAUAUAUUCUUAUUUCACUUAAUACGUAAGUAGAGAACGAAAUAACUAAAUUUCUUGCGAAAGAACUACGGAUACAUUAGUUUGUCUUGAGCCUUAGUGACAUAAACGGUAGGAAUGUGAAGUUAAUGCGGCGCCAAAAACUAAAAUAAAACUAUCUUGAAAUUGAUUUAUGGCGACAAAUAAUGAAACCAAGCCACGAUGACUCCAUUUUUUGCAUAUGUUAAUAUAACACAUUAUUGUUAAAGAAGCUAUAAAAAUGUCAAAGUGGUCUUAUAUACAGAAAAGUUACCCUAAGCAAAAUACUGAAAAUUGUAACUAUUUCUUGAUGACGGACUUGUUACUGUGGAAACAUAGCGUUGGUAGUAUUUUAAUUGUCACAAAUGUAUCAUAAAUGGACCACAAAAUCUUGACAAUGUUUCUACAGCCAAGUUUUAAUCCAUAUAGACCAUUUAAAUGCGUAUCAUUAUCAAAUAAUUGGAUAAAAUCCAAGAUAUUGGUCAUCAAAGACUUUGUAAAUAAUCUGAUUUAUUGUAUGACAUAUAUAUUCUAUUUGUAUUCCUUAUUCAACAAUUUGAGUAAAAAUAAUAGAACAUGGAAUGUGAAUGCAAUCCCUAACUACGGGGUGGAUACUGGUAGAAGUCAACGAAGAAGCUGUAUGUCGCAACCUAUUAUGAUCUGCCAUGGCGACGGGUGGCACAGUAAUGGCGCCGGGUGAUAAGAUCGAUUCUUCCAGGGACAAACUGGGUAUUCAAGGUCAUGGCUUAAUGACAACCUGCUCUCACGAUGGUUCCCUUGGGGUGCCAUCCAGCGAGCCCUCUCCCUCUGUUUCCCGACCUUCUACGGCCACGUCGGGCGAUAGCCCCGCUGAAGGAAUUAGCAGCAUCUCGAUGCCUCCGGAAGCGGUUGGCGUUUUAGAAACUGUUAUAAACAUGAAUAAAGCAUUAGAACAACAGAUAGACGCUUUACGAAUGAGAUUAACCGUUGAAGCAAAGAAUCAUGACACAGAAAAAUACAAAAUAAUUAAAGAGAAAGAAAGAGAGCUAGAUAAGAAGGAAGAUGAAAUAAUUGAUCUGAAAGAUUCAUUAGUUCAUAGAGAUGAAAGAGUUACUGUUUUAGUAAAAGAGGGACAUGAAAAAGACUUCCAAAUUCAGCAAAAAGAGAAAGAAAUAAAUGAUUUGAAAGAACUUGUUAAACAAACAGAAGGCUACGCAGAGCAAUUGCAGAAAAGAGUCGGAAGACUCAAAGAUGACAAAAAUAAAUUGGAAUCAGAUAGUGCUUACAAAGAGCAAAGCGAAGAAAUACGAAAGCUUAAACAUGAAAUAGUGUCUAUGAAAGAGAAAGUCGCAUCAAUGGAAAGAGAACUUGGAAGAGCCAGACUAGUCAUAGAUCAACAAAACACAAAAAUAAAAGGACUUGAAGCGGAAAAGGGUGCUAUUAGUGAAAAGUUUAAAGAAGAACUUGAACGAGCUGGUAGAGCGAUGCGAUCAGAAGUGGAAAGGAUGAGAGAGGUGAUGAAACAGCAGUAUAUGGAAAUGAGAAAUUUACGAGAACAAAACUUUGAAAUAUCAAGUGAUGUUAGAGACAUUAAAGAUAUACUGUUAAAAGGUACAAUAAAACAGGAACCUGAGAUAAAAACCAAGACUACAGAAAAGAUUGAUGUUAACAACUUCAAAUCACCGCGACCGAUGCACAAGAGUCCAAAUUUUGGUAUGCGGAUGCCUCUGACAUCACGGCAGGCACCGCCACCAAAGCCAAACGGAGCGGUUCGAACCUCAAUGCCCACAAUGUCAACGACAAGAGGGACAACGCAAGGGAAAACACAGGGCUUGCCACCAAUCACUAAACCGAGUGAAAACACUACUGGGAAAUGGAUACCGGCUGGAGGAACGCACAAGCAGGCGACACUCAAUGUUCGUUCUGCAAAGGGCGGGAGACGAUAGCUUCUUAUAUGAAGUUUUAGUGCUGAACUGUAAAGCAAGGUGCUUCUAGAUAAAUAAUGGUUGCUUUCAGCUGUGCUUUAGGUCGCUUUAUCAGGACAGUUGCUUACAAGAAAAAACUUGGCAAGUGAUCUCAUUAGGUAAUUACUACAAAUAAAUAAUGUGUCAUUAGAGGACAAUGCAAAUACUGAGCGAGACUACCUACAUUUACAUGGACAGAUUCGAUUUCUGUGGUGGAAACAGAAAUACUCCUAGGUGUAGGUUGAAAGUCAAUCAUAAUCUUCAAUUUGCAGGGUUUUAUAAGCUUCUUUGAGAUUGAAAAUCAUGUCACAAGCAUUAAGCAUCUACAUUUUAUUAGAUAACACAUUAGUACUUUUGAAAUAGUGGAGCUUCAAGUGACAGAGAAUCGUUUUGUUGCUGUGGUCUGAAAAACAUUUCAGUUUUGCUAGCAAGUUUGAGCUAUUUUAAAAUUCCUACACACUUUGCGGAUAUAAAAAAGUUCUUUACUUUCUACAACCUACAUAAAUCUUGAUAUUCUUGGAUUUGAAGUGAUCCAUCACCAACUGCAGGUAAAGUUGGAGAAAAAAAACAGGGAGAAGGUAGAUUCUCUGUAAAGUAAUACCUCUGUAGAUCAGACACCACCAGGAAUAUUGUUAAAUGUUUGUUGUACAGAGGUUGUUGCUCCGGAGAGGUUCAUUUACUAUGAAUUAUGUCUUAUCUAAGAGGAAACAUGUGUGUUUAUAUUGAGGUAAUCACUCCUCAAAGAUGUCAUAAUGCAUUCAUUUUCCAUUGCAAACCAAUCAUCUGUGAUAUUUCAAUAUGCAUUCUGUGAUAUAUCAUGACCUUUCUCAGUCUAACUGGCAUUAAUAACGUGCCAAAUAAGAAAUUUAAUAUUCAAUGCCAGGUGAAUCCUGUUGUGCUUGUAGUUUUUGAUACAGGUAUUUUUCUAUACCUUUGUUGAAAAUGUUUGGCAUUAAAGCAGAAAUGUUAAAUA